GCGCACUCCAAACGCUUUGUCUGCAUCGUCAUCUUCUCAUUGAAGCAUUUCGACAAACACAUUGCGAGCAAGAGCUCGGAGAGCAUCAUCAAUGGCUUUGCGAGCGCCGCUGCAAAACCCUAGCAAACCCCUCCGUCCCAAACACCCCUUAGUGUCCUCCUUUCGCUCUCGUUCCCUCAUCCCCAUGGCGCGCCAAACCCGAUGGCUGCCUAGCAUAGCAGCUUCUCUCCACCACGACGCUGCGCACCGCGAUGAGGUUCUCCGUGCGGCCCGUGGUUCGCUCGGACACUGCCUGUCAGAGACUCACCUCGAGAUCACCGUCCCUGGACUCACGUCCAAGGCCAGGGGCAAGGUUAGGGAUGUUUAUGAUGGUGGGGAUUAUCUUGUUCUCGUCACCACUGACAGGCAGAGCGCCUUUGAUCGUGUCCUUGCCUCCAUUCCCUUCAAAGGCCAGUGUGGAAUUUACCCUCAGGUUCUAAAUGAGACGAGUUUGUGGUGGUUCAAUAUGACUCAACAUAUAACUCCAAAUGCUGUUGUUUCUACUCCUGAUAAAAACGUUACAAUUGCAAAGAAGUGCUCUGUUUUUCCUGUUGAAUUUGUUGUUAGAGGUUUUGUGACCGGUAGCACUGAUACGUCAUUAUGGACGGUUUAUAACAAGGGUAUGAGGAACUAUUGUGGCAAUGAUCUUCCUGAUGGUAUGGUUAAAAACCAAAAGCUGCCGGGAAACAUAAUUACACCUACAACUAAAGGUGUGGAUCAUGAUGUUCCUGUUUCUCCUGAAGAGAUAAUCAAACUUGGUUUGAUGACACAAGAUGAAUUUGAUGAAGUAAGUAGCAAAGCCUUGAAGCUAUUUGCAUAUGGACAGCAAGUUGCUCUGGAGAAUGGUCUGCUAUUGGUUGACACAAAGUAUGAAUUUGGAAAAGGACCGGAUGGGAAAAUUCUUUUGGUUGAUGAGGUGCACACCCCUGAUUCCAGCAGAUACUGGAUUGCUGAUUCGUAUGAGGAGAGGUUUGCUGCUGGUCUUGAACCAGAAAAUGUGGAUAAGGAGUUCUUGAGGUUGUGGUUCAAGAACCAUUGUAAUCCCUACGAAGAUAAGGUCCUUCCAGAUGCUCCGGAAGAACUUGUUUGCGAAUUGGCAUGGAGGUAUAUUUUCUUAUUUGAGAAGAUCACAAGAAAGAAAUUUAAGCUUCCAGAGACAGAGGAACAAAUACAUGACAGGAUAUCGAAAAAUGUUUCGCAUGCUUUAUCAUGCUUGUGAUUGCAGAGCUUGGUUUGAUGAAGAGUUCCAGUUUCCAUAAUGAAAGAUGCUUUGAGAAGUGAUUUUUCUUUCAGACUUCAGAGUAUGUACAAUUCUGGCUGAUAGCCCAUAAUAAUGUUGACUAACUUAUUUACUUGUUCAGGUUGGCCAAGAGAUAAUGGUUGUCAACUUGUUCAAUAAUCUUUUACUAUAUAUAUAUAUAUAUAUAUAUUUAUAUAUGAUGUAUCAUAAGAACUGUAAGCUGCAAUAGCUGAUCAGAGCAAUUUAUUUCCAAAUUGUGUUUGAUUGAGCAAAGAAAAU